UGCCACCACCAGAUCACAGGGUUCAAGCAUGGACUCGACAGGUCAAGGCGGCGACUCGCCUAGCUGCAAGUCGCAGCCGGCGGCGAGUCUGUCUGCGACACCGUCUCGGCCUUCUCAGAACCUCGAAACCGAGCCCUUGCUUGCACCUUGUGACACCGUGUACAUCACGCUCGACAGCAAAGAGUACCCGUCACCGCAAGCGCCGAUAAACGACGACCCAUGUGACCAAGUGCCCACGUUACGGAGCAAGGUGUUGCAAUUUGUAGACUCGAACGCGUUCAGUCGGUGGAUUGUGUCGCAGUGGAACGAAACGUUUGCGUUCGAGUCUCUCUGCGUCCGCACGACAUUUCGAAACGGAGGAGUCCCGUCAUACUCGUGGCAGGGCCUCCCGCUCAUUUACGCGGCCAUACUUGUGGGUAUUGCCGUUGCCGUGGUCGCGGACGGUCUGACAUACAAAAUCGACGACGACGACGACGAUGACGAUGAUGACAACAACAAGCGCAAGUGGCAGCGGCGCCCGUCCUCCACGGACAUUUCCGACGCGAUCCAUCAGUACACAUGGUACCAUGUGCUGGUCGCGGUGCUGGUCUUCAAUGCUUGCUACGCAUUGGCGGCGUACCGCGAGAACCUCCAGGGGUGGCGGCGCCAUCUCCAGAUGACCAAGGCCAUGUGCGUCGUGUCUGCGCAGGUGCUGUUCUUUCUCAAAAUGUUUGGCGCGUUCCAUGGAUCGUGGCUAUGGGUGGCCGCGCCCGUGGUGCCGUGGACGGCGCUACUGGCGCUGCGGCUGCAGUGGCAGACGCUGGUUGGGCUCACUGCUAUCCAAGCCGCGUACAAACUGUCCAGUGAGAACACUGCAGAGACGGACCAGUGGUCGUGGGCACUCGUGUUCGUUCCCAUCUGGGUGCUCCUGGUCUUGAUUGCGAGUUUGUGGCUGCUACUGCGCCGAUCGUCGUAUGGCGUCGUGUACUAUUGGCUGCCCCAAGUGUUUGGUUUCUUCUUUGUGGCCGUGCCGUGGGUCAUCAAGAUGCAAGUGUACCCGGAAGUGGAUGCAUAUGCCACCAAGAAUCCGUCGGCUAAUGCCACCGCCGGGGGACCUGGCCAACCUGUGAUUGUCCUCGACGAUGACGACGACGAUCCGUUUGCAUUUCGAUACUGGUGGCUCUUGCUGGUGUGGGCUGUGCCUGUUGUGUUUUUUGCGUUUCAUUUGGUCAUUACGGCCUUGUACAAAACGUUUGCGGCACGGCAGCAACACAUCUAACUCCCCAUCAUAUUAACGAGUUUAUACAUAUACUGUACUAACUAGUAUCUUGUAAGAAGAAGCCAAACUGUACGUACAUUGCAGAACCGGGGUGUUGUAAACCAUAUCUCAGAUACGAGUGUUUAGUUGGCAC